AUGUCUAACUCGUCAGGGCUUGUCUUGCCUGGUCCCUUUAUGAGGCUGCCCGUCGAGCUAUUGGAAGAGAUUUACAUUCUAUCAGAGACACACUCACUGCCACAUGUCUGUCGAAGCUUCUACAUCGCCCUCAACUCAGACUUCACUCGUCUUCGCUUCUGCACACGUCUCUUCUAUCUUGGUAAUGCUCGCAAUAACCCGGGGCCAAACGCUGUCCAUCUGCGCGAUGAACAAACCAAGAUCUUUGCACGGGAUUGGUUUACUGUAGACUUUCUACAGAGACUAGUAGCCGCCGUGAAUUACAUGCGUAGUAGUGACGGGAUGGAGGACGACACCGACCUUUCUCUCUAUGUCAGUGGUGCGCACCUGCCCGCUCCCCCGUUACGUGGGAUUUGGAGCCAAAGCAAACUCGAAUUAGUUCGACAGCUUCUCUUCUGGGGGCCCAGAAAGAACUCUCUAGAUAAGCUCCGAGUCUGA